UUAUUAUUUACGAGACUUGACAGUUCCUACUCCCGAAUUUAUAAAAUUGUGAUUUGUGAACCCAAAUAGGUUAGGUGAAAAAAAUCGUAAUGGGAGAUUCUAAUUAUAAGACAAAAGUUGUUACUGGCGAACAAAACCCAGUAUUAAAAAAAGCUGAAUUAGACUACAUGAAGAUUAUAGAGCAGAAGAAUCGCGAAAGAGUUCAAAAACUGCAACAAUUGGGAAGACGUAAUCGAAUGACGGGCUUUUCGAUUGGAGCAGGAGUUUUAGGUAUUUAUUUGUAUUCCAUCUUCGCUGUUAAGCAAGAAACUUUCUUGGACGAUUUUGAGGAGCCAGCAAAAGUCCAACAAUAAUGGCAGCAGCGAAACAAAUCGCGCAAAUAAGGCUUCCGCCGCUACCAAGUAUUAAAGACAUCAUUAGGUUAUACAAAUUACGAGCCUUGCGCGAGUUAUCUCAAAAUUU